UGUAACUGCAGUAAAAUAUCAAUAGUAGCCCUUUUUUAACAAGAUAUUUGCUCCAGGUUACAGAAGUGUUCCUCUGAUGUUGCAUGUUAGUGCGGUGUGUGAGAAGUGAAGGGGAGGAGAAGAGGAGAGUGGGAGGAGGGUGGGAGUCCCGCAGAAGGAGCGUUUCAAUCCCAACAUGAAUUCCACCCGCAAUCUCUGAACGACAACACGAGCGAUAUAAGGAGACAUCGCGGACACUUUCCAAAAGUCUUACCCAUCAUCAGCGUCUUUGUGUUUUCUACGGAUGCAUUUAACGUCUUCCUCGUGACUUCAACAUCGCCGUGGAGCAGGAUGAGGCGGUGAAUGUCGCGUUUCACAUCUUUUCGCUCCAGCUGAAGCCGCAGGAGUAUGUGAUCAUGUUGGCGAAGCGCUGCCUCCUCCUGUGGGCUGCGGUCAUCGCGCGACUCGCCGUGACAGCCUGGGGCAGCAGCACCAAGCGGGACGGAGCGGAAUGGGGACGUGAGAACGCGUACACGGUGGAGCACGCGCUGCCUCAGCGCCUGCUGCAGCGGACUGACGCGGAGGAGGAGUUGCCGCACGGGCACUUGGGUACUCUAACAAAGACUGAUGGUGAUGGAACGCAUCCCAUUCAUCUUGCUCAAAUCACAUUCCUGGUAAAGGCCUUUGGAAUACCAUUUGUUUUGGACCUGGAGCUCAAUCAUGAUCUUUUGUCAUCUAACUAUGUUGAACGCCACUUUGAAAAGGAUGGGCAAUCAUUUCAGACUCUGGGAGGAGAGCACUGUUACUAUCAUGGUCAUGUGAGAGGAGUUCCGAGGUCUUGGGCAGCUCUCUCCACCUGUCAUGGCCUACAAGGGAUGUUCUCAGAUGGCAACUUUUCAUACGGAAUCGAACCCUUGCACAACAGCAGUGAUCAGACGCAUGAUAGUAAAAUUAUAGAAGAAGACGCUUCAAUCAAGGAUGCAAAUAUUCAUGUUGUAUACAGAAUGGCAGACAUUCGGCUGAUGCCACAUUUCUCAGGAAGCACAAGAAACAGCAGUGACUCUGACAUUAACAAUGACUAUCCCGUUUCUAUGGAGACAAGCCAGCUAGAGCUCACAGAUGGGCUAAGACGGGCAAAAAGACAGGUUCGGAGGGGUCCACGCACAGUCCAGAGUGAAACAAAGUAUGUAGAAUUACUAGUGGUCAACGAUUAUGACCUGUUUGUACAGAUGAGAAGAUCAUCACCUCAGACAAGAAAUUUUGCCAAAGCUGUAGUGAACAUGGCUGAUGCUAUUUACAAGGAGCAGCUAAACACAAGAAUAGUGCUUGUCGCUAUGGAGACAUGGUCAACUCAGAACAUGGUUUCUGUCGGUGACGAUCCUUUGGUGACCCUGCGUGACUUUAUGAAAUACAGGAAGGAGAAUAUCAAAGAGAAGAGUGACACAGCUCACCUCCUCUCGGGACGCACAUUCCAGAGCAGUCGCAGUGGCACUGCCUACAUUGAGGGGAUCUGCUCACCAACAAGAGGAGGAGGAGUCAAUGAGUAUGGAAAUGUAGGGCCCAUGGCUAUCACUUUGUGUCAGAGUUUAGGACAGAACCUUGGAAUGAUGUGGAAUAAAGACCGCGCUACUGCUGGAGACUGUAGAUGUCCUGAUCCAUGGUUAGGGUGCAUCAUGGAGGAUACUGGGUACUAUCUACCCAGAAAGUUUUCGCGGUGCAGUAUAGAGGAAUACAUUCAAUUCCUUCAGCAAGGAGGGGGGAGCUGUCUCUUCAAUAAACCAAACAAGUUGUUGGAUCCUCCUGAAUGUGGCAAUGGUUUUGUGGAACAGGGCGAAGAAUGUGACUGUGGCUCUCAAGUGGAUUGCUCUCGGGCUGGGGGUGCAUGCUGUAAAAAAUGCACUUUAACUCAUGAUGCAAUGUGUAGCAAUGGAUUGUGUUGUAACCGUUGCAAGUAUGAGCAGAGAGGAGUGAUCUGCAGGGAUGCAGUGAAUGAUUGCGAUGUGCCGGAAACCUGCUCUGGAGAUUCGAGUAAAUGUCCACAUAAUGUACACAAACUGGAUGGAUACAUGUGCGAUGCUGGACUGGGCCGCUGCUAUGGGGGUCGCUGCAAGACCAGGGAUGCCCAGUGUCAGGCGCUCUGGGGCCAUAAUGCAGCAGAUCGUAUGUGUUAUGAAAAGCUGAACAUUGAGGGCACAGAGCGUGGCAACUGUGGUCAGGACAGCAGCUCACACAACUGGAUUCAGUGCAAUAAACAGGAUGUACUGUGUGGUUUUUUAUUGUGCACUAAUAUCACAGUGAAGCCGCGGUAUGGAGACUUGCAUGGAGAAAGCACAAGUCUCACCAUCUACCAUCAGAACAAGUACCUGGAUUGUCGUGGUGGUCAUGCAGUGUUAGAGGAUGGCACUGAUCUUGGGUAUGUGGAGGAUGGCACACCUUGUGGUCCUAAUAUGAUGUGCCUAGACCAUCGCUGUUUGCCGGUCACCACCUUCAACCUGUCAUCCUGUCCCGGGUCAUCCUUCUCUCUUGUGUGCUCAGAUCAUGGGACUUGCAGUAAUGAAGUAAAGUGUAUCUGUGACUCAGACUACACCGGGAAGGAUUGCAGUGUAUAUGACCCCAUUCCAGACCCCCAGCCUCCAGAUGGUCCUGAGAAGUACAAAGGUCCAAGUGGUACAAACAUCAUCAUUGGCUCUAUAGCAGGAGCGAUACUAUUGGCAGCUAUAGUACUUGGAGGAACAGGCUGGGGCUUCAAAAAUAUCAGAAGAGGAAGAUCUGGAGGGGGAUAAAGCAUGCCAUCUGCUCUUCUGUGCAUCUGCACUGUGUUCUUUAAACUUUGAGGGAAACAGAAGAAACUCCAGAUGUCUUCCACUCUCUCACCAAACUCCAGUGUCACUCUCUCCUGUCUUUCCACUUCCUGUUACUGCCUGUCACCUGUUGCCUAGAAACACUUCAAUACAUCCCAUGGUAACAUUCUUUAACUGAUUUCAAUGAUGUUACUUUUUAAUAAUUGGUUUUGCCCUUUAAACCAAGCACAGAAAAUGGAGUCAUCAUUUACGCAUGUCGUUUUGUUGUCAUUGACGGAACAAAAAGGUGUUGUGUGGACAGUUCUUAUUGUUGAUUUCCCAAAAAUGGACCAAAAACACCAUAAAGAUCCGGGCUGUGUUAUAUUACAACUUGGGUGUCAAGAUGCAUCAUGUCAGGUAAAUAAAUCAAGAAUAAAUCCAGUUGUAAAAAGGUUA